AUGGCAUAUGACCGUUUCAUUGCCAUAUGUAACCCACUACAUUAUCCAGUGGUCAUGAGCUACAAAGUUUGUGCCAGUCUGGCUGCGGUGUCAUGGCUGAGUGGAUUCCUCAACUCCAUUAUUCAUACAGUCAUGACUGCAAAUCUCACAUUCUGUCAAUUGGAACAGAGCAUCAAUCACUUCUACUGUGAUGUGCCCCCACUCAUACAAGUGGCUUGUAAUUCAACCAUAACCAGCAAAAUUUUGUUGUAUAUUGUCAGUAUAUUUCUUGGUUUUACUCCAUUUCUUUAUAUUGUCAUAUCCUAUGUCCACAUCAUCUCUAUGAUUUUGAAAAUCAAAUCUUCUGAAGGCCGAUGGAAAGCUUUCUCAACCUGUUCCUCCCACCUCAUCAUUGUGACCAUUUUCUAUGGGACUGCUAACUUUAACUAUGUUGGACCUUCAGGUUACUCUUUGGAAGUUGAGCGUUUGGCUUCUCUCUUGUAUAGCAUUCUGACUCCUCUUGUAAAUCCCAUUAUCUACUGCCUGAGGAACAAAGAAGUAAAAGGAGCCUUGAAAAAAAGGAUCAGACGCUUUUAUUUUAUGUCUUGUAUAUAA